UCGCGGGGCAGGUACGCGCGCUCGCUGCUUGCUGGUGGAGCUAGGAGGUGGCGGGAGCGGGUUCCGGCGGGCGAGCGAGCGAGCGCUGGGGCGGGGCGGGAGAAAGUGGCGGCCGGAGGACCUCGGCGGUGACGCGUGGCCGAGCUCAGGAGCCCCGAUCUUCGUGUCCGCCUUCGUUAGCUCCUGGCUGCCGGCCCAGGGGUCCCCCCGCGCCGAGUCCGCCGUCCCGCGCCAGCCCGGGCCAAGUGGGAAUCGCGAUCGCCUAGUGCCCCGACCGCCCAUGGCCACGCGGGUGCUGACCAUGAGCGCCCGCCUGGGACCAGUGCCCCAGCCGCCGGUCGUACAGGACGAGCCCGUGUUCGCACAGCUCAAGCCGGUGCUGGGCGCUGCGAACCCGGCCCGCGACGCGGCGCUCUUCCCCGGGGACGACCUCAAACACGCGCACCACCACCCGCCUGCGCAGCCCGCGCCGCCGCCAGCCGCCGGCCCACGGCUGCCCUCGGAGGAACUGGUCCAGACAAGAUGUGAAAUGGAGAAGUACCUGACACCCCAGCUUCCUCCAGGCCCAAUAAUCCCAGAGCAUAAGAAGUAUAGACGAGACAGCGCCUCAGUGGUAGACCAGUUCUUCACCGACAGCGAAGGCUUACCCUACAGCAUCAACAUGAACGUCUUCCUGCCCGACAUCACGCACCUGAGAACUGGCCUCUACAAAUCUCAGAGACCCUGCGUGACACAGAUCAAGACAGAGCCUGUUACCAUUUUCAGUCACCAGAGUGAGACGACUGCCCCUCCUCCGGCCCCGACCCAGGCCCUCCCUGAAUUCACCAGUAUAUUCAGCUCCCACCAGACCACGACGCCAGAGGUGAACAACAUCUUCAUCAAGCAAGAACUUCCCACACCAGAGCUUCAUCUCCCUGUCCCCUCCCAGCAGGGACAUCUCUACCAGCUACUGAACACACCGGAUCUAGACAUGCCCAGUUCUACAAACCAGACGGCAGUAAUGGACACCCUCAAUGUUUCUAUGUCGGCGGCCAUGGCAGGCCUUAACACACACACCUCCGCUGUUCCGCAGACUGCAAUGAAACAGUUCCAGGGCAUGCCCCCUUGCACAUACACCAUGGCAAGUCAGUUCCUUCCGCAGCAGGCCACUUACUUUCCCCCGUCACCACCGAGCUCAGAGCCUGGAAGCCCAGACAGACAAGCUGAGAUGCUCCAGAAUUUAACCCCACCUCCAUCCUACGCUGCCACAAUUGCUUCUAAACUGGCAAUUCACAAUCCAAAUUUACCUGCCACUCUGCCAGUUAGUUCACCAAACAUCCAGCCUGUCAGGUACAACAGGAGGAGUAACCCUGAUCUGGAGAAACGACGCAUUCACUACUGUGAAUACCCUGGUUGCACAAAAGUUUAUACAAAGUCGUCUCAUUUGAAAGCUCACCUGAGGACUCAUACGGGUGAGAAACCCUACAAAUGCAACUGGGAUGGCUGCGACUGGAGGUUUGCACGGUCGGACGAGCUGACCCGCCACUUUAGGAAGCACACGGGCGCCAAGCCGUUCCAGUGCGGUGUGUGUAACCGCAGCUUCUCCCGCUCUGACCACCUGGCGCUGCACAUGAAGCGUCACCAGAACUGAGCCGCCGCGCCAACCGCCCGACGCCUCACAGUCCGCUCCACCAUCCUUUAAACCGCAGACCUAACUUCAUAUUAAAAAAAAAAAAAAAAAAAGAACUGGAAAUGUAUAUUUUGUAUAUUUGAGGCCACAGGAAUACAUUGUAUUGAUACCAAAGUGUUUGGCCAUUUUGAGAAGCUGGAAGCUUGCUGUGCUUACCCCUCGCUUUAUUCAGCAAACUUCAUCUCCACACAGGCAGCCGCAUCUCAGCGUGGGGAGCCGGUAGGGGUGUUGAGGGGUGCGAAUGCUGUCUUUAUACAGACUAUACACGCAAUCAUCAUUUGUGACAAUGUUUAGGAUAAACAGACCAGUUGACAGGCACCCAGACAGAUUGUCAAGAUUUUACUUGACGACAUGGACUG